CAAACCUGAAUGAAAACCCUAGUUAGCUUUCAUUACCCUUCCAUUCAUUCAUUCCGUUUUUCCUAUUCCUAAUAGAUUAGGCUAGGGCAAUCAAUCAAGUGAAGAUGCAGAUCUUCGUGAAAACCCUAACGGGUAAGACGAUAACCCUAGAGGUUGAAUCUUCCGAUACCAUAGACAACGUCAAGGCUAAGAUCCAGGACAAGGAAGGCAUCCCACCGGAUCAGCAGCGUCUCAUCUUCGCCGGUAAACAACUCGAGGACGGCAGAACAUUAGCUGAUUACAACAUCCAGAAAGAAUCUACUCUUCAUCUUGUUCUACGUCUCCGCGGUGGAGCCAAGAAGAGGAAGAAGAAGACCUACACCAAGCCCAAGAAGCUCAAGCAUAAGAAGAAGAAGGUUAAGCUCGCGGUCCUUCAGUUCUACACUGUCGACGAUGCUGGCAAGGUUCAGAAAAUGAGGAAGGAGUGCCCGAACGCCGAGUGUGGUGCGGGGACAUUCAUGGCUAAUCACUUCGAUCGCCACUACUGCGGCAAGUGUGGGUUGACUUACGUUUACCAGAAGGCUGGUGGUGAUUAAUCAAUUCUUCUCUCACUAAAUGUAAGGUUUUUUUUUACAACUUUGAAUGCAUCUGAACUAUUGCUCAUUGUUCCUGAAUCUUCAACUUAUUUAUUAUUACUAAUGUUUGCUC